AAUUAUCAUCAAACCUCCCCCCACACUCUUUCCUUCUCUCCUCACCUCAAAUAUUAUCAUCGUCAUUUAAAAAAAAAACACUCUCACCCAAAGUGAAUAACAAUUUCUAGACAGAGAAAAUAAAGCUCGCUAAGCUAAACUAUUCUAGCAACUGCAAGGAAACCAACUUUCAAAGAGAUUCCCUUUCUUCCAUUUUACAUUAAUCAAACUAUUCCACAAUUCUUUCUCCUCUAUUCCAAACCUCAAUCUCACACAAUCUUUCCUUCAACAAAGGAAAAAAAUGACCGACAGAGUUUACCCAACCGCGAAACCAAACCCGCCACCCGCCGCGAUGAACGGUGGUGGCAGUGGCGUAAAUGGGACAACCUUAAACGGGAACGGACCGGCAAAAACCCAAACCGGUCAACUCUACAACCCAAACCGUCCUCGACCGGUUUACCGCCCUCAACAAAACCGUCGAUCGAGCCGAUCAUGUUCCGGUCGAAAAUGCUGCUGCCUUACCUUCAUCUAUACUCUCAUAGCAAUUCUCUCUCUCCUCCUCCUCGCCGCCAUCGCCGCCUGCGUAUUCUACGUCCUCUACCACCCGAAACAUCCGACUUUCUCCGUAUCUUCUAUCCGUUUCUCCCGCUUCAACCUCACCUCGUCCGACCCGUCCGGGUUUGCUCACCUCCAUUCGCGACUCGACUUCACACUCACUGCUAAAAAUCCCAACAAGAAGAAGAUCACCUUCGUUUACGACCCCAUGUCGGUGGAGUUAUCCGGCGCUGGAGUAAACGCAGGUAACGCCACUCUCCCUGCCUUCGCUCAUGUCGCCGGGAACACAACCAUCCUCCGUGCCACUGUCAUCAGCGACCCAACUCGAGACCUUGACUCAGACUCAGUGAAGCAACUCAGAUCGGAUCUGACUAAAAAGGGCGGAUUCCCUGUGUCGGCGGAGUUGAAUACUAUGGUGGAGGUGCAGAUGGGAAAGGUCAAGACAAAGAAGAUUGGAAUCAGAGUCACGUGUAAUGGUAUCAAAGGGUUUCAACCUAAGAACGCCAAAUCAAAGACGCCGACACCCGGAACGACGAAGGAUGCUAAAUGUAAGGUUGAUCUUAGGAUUAAGAUCUGGAAAUUCACAUUUUGAUUUUUUUUUUGGGGGGUGUUAUGACUUUUGUUGUUUGUUCACAGUACUACAAUUUUUAAUAUAUUUUUUUUAAUUUUUACAUAUAUUUUAAUUUUAAUUUUAUAUAAAUGGGUUAAAUAGUUUGGAUCUAAAUCAGGGCUUGUAAACCCUCUUUUUUUUUGGUGAUUAUUUGUUUGAUUAUAUUUUUUUCCUGCCCAAAAUGGGUUGAGAAAAUUGAAGAUGUGAAAGUGAAAUUGGAAAA